AUGGUGGGAGGAAUUAGCAAAAGUACCAGGACUAUCAUUCAGAAUGUUACAAACCAAUAUUACCUGCUGGAGGGGAUUUGUAUUUCUGGGCUUUUCCAGCUUUGGAGAACUGCAACUCCUGCUGUUUGUCGUGUUUCUCUCUCUGUAUCUCAUCACCCUCACCAGCAAUGUCUUCAUCAUCAUAGUGAUCAGACUGGAUAGCCACCUGCACACACCCAUGUAUCUUUUCCUUUCCUUCCUAUCCUUUUCUGAGACCUGCUACACAUUAGGCAUCAUUCCUAGGAUGCUCUCAGGCCUGGUUAUGGGUGGACAGACUAUUUCCUAUAUGGGCUGUGCUACCCAGAUGUUUUUCUCUGCCUCAUGGGCUUGUAGCAACUGCUUCCUCUUGUCAGUCAUGGGCUUUGACAGAUACGUGGCCAUCUGUGCCCCACUGCACUAUGCCAGCCGCAUGAAUCCCACACUCUGCGCCCAGCUAGUUGGCACUUCCUUCCUGAGUGGAUACCUCUUUGGACUGGGAAUGACACUAGUCAUUUUCUGUCUCUCAUUCUGCAGUUCCCAUGAAAUACAGCACUUUUUCUGUGACACACCUCCAGUGCUAAGCCUUGCCUGCGGGGAUACAAGACUAAGUGAGCUGGGAAUCCUCAUCCUCAGCCUGCUGGUCCUCUUGGUCUCCUUUUUCUUCAUCACCAUUUCCUAUGCCUACAUACUAGUAGCAAUCCUGAGAAUCCCUUCUUCUGACGGACAGAGGAAAGCUUUCUCUACUUGUGCCUCUCAUCUCACAGUCGUCAUUAUUCACUAUGGCUGUGCCUCCUUCAUGUACUUGAGGCCCAAAGCAAGCUACUCUCUGGAGAGGGACCAGCUUAUUGCUGUCACCUAUACAGUGGCAACCCCUCUCCUCAAUCCCAUUGUUUAUAGUCUAAGGAAUCGUGCUGUACAGACAGCUCUGAGAAAUGCUUUUCAAGGGAGCUUACUAAGUAAAGGAUGAAGGCUAGCCCA